AUUAUUACUAUGUAAAAAAAAUCAAUAAAAAAAAUUGUGAUAAAAACUUAAGUUUUUACCUAAAACUUGUUGUGUAUUUUUAUAGAUAUAAGAUUCAAAUUUAAAAAUAGAUGAACCAGGAGAAAGUGAAAGGAUAUCAAAGUCUUUAUAUAAAGAUAAGACCUUGUAAUCAAUCAACAUUAAACUUUACUCACAUUAAAAGAUUUGAUAACUGUAAAAAGUAAAUGUAAAUGAGAUUCGAACAUUACAUUUAAUUUCAAUAGUUACUCAAACCUCGACAUAACAUAGUCACAAGUAGAAUGUUAUAAGCGAGAAACGUGUAGUGAUAGUAUUGGUCUGACGAAUUUAAUUUGUAAUUCAUUCAUUACUUCAUCGUUAGUGAAGUUUCACGUGUUUCAAAAAUGGAUAAAGUGAAGUUGCUAUGGUCUAAAACAAAUCGAUGGCACCGAAUGUUUCUACUGUUUGUGGUGACCGAGUUCCAAUUGGUACCAGGCGGCAAGGUUGGCUUCCUGUGCAACGACCCAGCCUUGUCACACCAAUUUACUGGCGACACAAUAUCUUGGAAGUGGUUAUUGACAACAGUCAUCUUUCUUCCUUUAGCUAUUUUGUUAGUAAUAGAAAGAACAUACAAUUCGGACAAGCAAAGUGAUAGAGCGAAGCAGCAGGCGUUGUGCUGGUACAAGGAGUACCUGUUUGGUGUGCUGAUCAACUUGACUGUGAUACACAUACUGAAGCAGGCCAUCGGCUCCCCGAGGCCGCACUUCUUCGACACCUGCAGCCCUAAGGAAGCGCAGACUUGUGAAAGGGGCCAGUAUGUAUAUAGCUACACAUGCACGAAGGCAGCCUGGUUGAGCCAGUCGGACAGGAGUUUCCCAUCGGGGCACACAUCGCUGGCGCUGCACGCCGCUGUGUUUAUUGCGUACUACCUACAGCAGCGCACGCGCCACGUGAAGGUGCCGUCCAUACUGGCUGUGCAAAUACUGUGUCUAUUGGCCGCUCUAUGCUGCAGUGUGUCCAGGAUAACGGACCGCAGGCACCACUGGUGGGAUGUACUGGCGGGCGCUGUUCUCUCACUGCCUAUAUUAUUUUAUACUAUAUAUUCCUUAUGUGGCAACUUCCACUGCCCAAGAGUCACCUCUGAAGAAGUACCAAACAUAGACAAUACUAAGAAUAAUCUACAUCAUCCAGUCAUAGACAAUGCAACGUAACCAAAGACUUAUAUUUUAACAUCCCCAAUAGAAAUGUAUUAAAAAAGUAAAAAUCUAUUUUUAUAUUAAAUAGUAUUUUUUUAAUCAUAAAAAUAUUUGAGAAUCAUUAGGUUGACAGUGUGAAAAUUCUAACAGUUUAAUUUUUUAAUACAUUUUUAUUAUUUUUACUUAUUUAUUGAUAGCAAAAUUAUUAAUUUAUAAGUAAUUUAUAAUUUAAAACAAUGAUGACACGUAGUGUACAUAUAUUUUACAGAACAAUUUUAAUUUGUUGAUAAUCAUACUAAUUUAGACCUUAGUGUUAUGAACUUAAGGGAGUUAUUCUAUUAUUUAUUUUCACUGAGAUCUAUUGAGAUAUAAGUCGUAAACUGUAUUGUUGCUACAGCUAAGUAAUUCUGUAUACAUUCUCAUAAGGUCUCUUACCAGGCUGUUAGGAUGAUUUGUUAUCCUCUCCUUGUAGGAUCCCAUGUGCUGUUGUAUGUCCUGUCUAAUAGUUCCAAUUUUUAGGUCAUGAGGCAGUUGCUUGUUUGUGACAAUCCAAGGAGCAUUGGUUAUUAUUCUCAAUAUUUUAUUUUGGAAUCUAUGCAAAAUCUGAAAAUUAGAGUCGGACUCUUUUCCUCAGAGAUGGACUCCAUAGAUCCAGAUAGGUUUUACUAUCGUCUUGUACAGAAUGAGAUUAUUGCUCAGUGACUAUUGUUACUGGUGAUCUGAUAAUCAAUAAAGCAUUCGCAUUUGUAAACCCAAUUGUUUGCGUUUGGUCAUUAUAUGUUUUUGUCAGGUAAGUCAUCUAACCAUGGUACAUACCUAGAUAUCUUACAUAGUCUGGUUGAGGGAUUUCUAAAUUGUUAAGUUUUACUCCAGUAAAGCUCUCCCUCCAAGUUGCCCUCCAUGUCAAAUGCAUUUUUUAGUGUGAAAGUAACAUCGACUGAUUUAGAAUCAUUAACUCUGAUUCUCUACUUUUUUAGCCAGGAUGAAAUGUGAUUUUUACUAGAGGGAGAUUUUGUACAAAAGUCAUUUGCUUCGGUACCUCUGUCCCAUUCAUGAUUCCACCGUGAAGCAGUUGUGUUUUUAUAGCUGUAUUUCGGUUUGAAGUGAAUUUACAGAGUACAGAGGUAUAACACCUGAGUCCUCAGGAAUGGCAACGCAUGGGGGUAUCAUGGGCGAAACAAUAUACUCUGCAUACAUAUCCAUAGUACUACUCAUGUUUAUAGGCGAUGCUUACCACUUCCCAUCAGGUGGGCCGUCAGCUUGUUUGCUAUUCUAAGUUGCAUAAAAAAAGUGAUCGUAACCAGUGAAACGAAAAAAGUGACAGUCUUUUUGAUUAAUGAUUGAAGUUCAGUCUUCAGAUAAAAGAUUGAAAUAUUAUUUCAGCCGAUAACUGUCCACUGUUGAACAUAAGCAUAAAGGGAGUUUUGCUAGUAGUUGCUACGCUUGGCAGGCGGGUUGGCAACCGCAGUUAGGCUUACAGAUGUUUUAAGAGGGACACUGCUGCCCGUCCCUCCACCAUAAGCCGCCACCACCAUAAUAAUUUAGCUCAUGAUAAACUAACUAACUAGCCCUUAUAUCUCAAUAGGUCUUUUAUAUUAUUCCAGUAAGUAUAAAUGCUUUAACAUUCAAAGAAAUUAUAAGUGACAUUCUAGAUACUUAGGUAUAUUUUUUAUUUUUAUUUUCUUCUUAAUGUAAACGCUUUUCUAUACAAUAUUUAUUAUUUUAAAUCUAUUUAUUUGAAUAGCCCAAACAGAUCCCAAGUAAAGCGUAUAGUUAUGUUUCUUUCUAACUUUCAAGGACAUAACACAAAGUACAGAAUUAUAUUAUCUGUGACGCAGUGUAAAAAGUAUCUAAUAAUCUAACGCCUGUACUAUAUCUCGGGCCAUUACAGAACAAUUCAGGACUCGUAUGUUCUAUGUAGACGUCUCUGUUAGACACUGGCAGAAAAGAGUUGUUUUGUUUGUGGCUAUAAUAUAUACAGAUUGUUAUUUUGAGCCUAAAUACCAAACAAAAUAUUAUCAAGCAACGAAAUUAUAACAAUAUUUCGCUCAUUUAUUCUGAGCUUGGGAAUGUCUACAUAUAAUAAUCCAAGGGAAUUCCAAGUCUCAUAUUCAUUUACUAAUUAUUAAUUCAACGGUGAGACGUAGUCACCUCAAGUUUUACGUGCAAUGGCAGUAGUUGAUAUUGCCUCCGACUACCCCAUUACAGAUUAUUGUCGUGAGUGUAAUAUAUUUAGAGAGAAUCAGGUAUUCUAACACAAACAACCUCUGUGUACUUACAUUUAGCUGUUGUAUUCCACUUUAUUGUUGUUUACUUUGUUUGUGACUAGAUGGCGCUCUGUGAUAGUGAUAUUAAAUAACCUCUUAUAAAAACCACGUCAGUUGUCUCGGUUACGAAUACAACAUUUAAUGUUAACUUUGUGUAUUAAUUAGCUAUUGGAUUUAAAUAUUCACAUUUUACAAUGGGUUAGAAAUUCCAAUUUUAGCAUUCGAUUAAUCGACUAAACUAGGGUAGAUAUUAAGUUACCAUUUCUCUAAAUCUCUCUGAAAUAAAAUUUUAUUUAUCUCGGCAAAAGCUAUUUCCAAGCUUUAUUCUAAGAACCAAUAUAAACAAAAUUUCUAACAGAUUUUCAUAUAUUUAGUUUAUGAUGAUCAAUAAGCCGAAAAUUUAUAAAUUAGUUUAGAGAAAUUGAACCUUAGAAUCGACCUCAUUGUUUGUUAUUUUCAUACGAUCCCAAAAGCUAAUAAGUUGUUUUUACAUGGUAUAUUGCUUAAAAAAGAUUAGCAAGUAAACGUAGGUGCUGCCUCUGCAGAGCAAUUUAGGAACUUAAAUUUAGUACUAAGUUUUCCCAUGUUGUUUAGUGAAUUUAACCCAUAAUAAAGCGACUAAAAAAUAAUUGCAAAAAAAAUAUUACAUAGCAAUGUAACAAAACAGUUGACAGUUUUCAACAAGAGAUUUUUCCGUAUAUUUUUUUUAUAAGUAGAUUUAAUUAUAUAUUUUUUUUAUUUAAAUAUACAUUGUAAUUGGCGCUUAUAUAUCCGCUAGUCAUCUGUAAAUGUGUGUAACACAAAUUUGAUAUUAAACCGGUUUUUCCGGAGUGGCUUUAUUUCAAAUAAAUAUUAUGAUUGCAUA